AUGGACAAUUUCAACUUCACCACCACAGUGGCUUUUUGGGAAGAGAAUUCAACAUCUGGUACAGCCUUUCUUUCUGGAAAUUUAUCCCUAGCUUCUAGUCUGGGUCUAGAUGUUAGCGGUGUCCUUAUUCCACUGGUAUAUCUCAUUGUUUGUGUUGUAGGACUAGCUGGAAAUUCUCUAGUCAUUUAUGUGGUUUUGUGCCAUUCCGUGAGUGAAUCAGUGACUAACAUCUAUAUCUUCAACUUGGCACUGGCAGAUGAAUUGUUUAUGCUUGGCCUACCCUUCUUGGCAGCACAAAAUGCUUUAUCAUAUUGGCCUUUUGGCUCAUUUAUGUGUCGUCUAGUGAUGGCUGUGGAUGCCAUAAACCAAUUUACUAGUAUUUUCUGCCUCACCGUGAUGAGCAUUGACCGCUAUCUGGCUGUGGUGCACCCUGUGAAAUCCUCAAAAUGGCGGACAGUACGAGUUGCUAAGACUGUCAGUGCCACUGUGUGGGUAAUCUCAUCUGUGGUGGUGCUGCCUGUGGUAGUGUUUUCAGAAGUCCCCCAUGGUAUGAGUACAUGCCACAUUAAAUGGCCUGAGCCUGCUUCAGUAUGGAAAGCUGGUUUCAUCAUCUACACAGCUACACUUGGCUUCUUUGGUCCACUGCUGGUUAUCUGCUUGUGUUACCUGCUUAUUGUCAUCAAGGUUCGUUCAUCAGGCAGAAAGGUGCGAGCAUUGACAGCUAAACGCAAACGCUCUGAACGGAGGAUUACCCGCAUGGUAGUAAUUGUGGUGGCAGUCUUUGUGCUCUGUUGGCUUCCUUUCUAUAUGCUCAACAUCAUCAAUGUCAUCUGGACUUUGCCUGAGGAACCAUCACUCUUUGGUAUUUACUUUCUGGUUGUUGUCCUGCCCUAUGCCAACAGUUGCACCAAUCCUAUCAUCUAUGGCUUCCUCUCCUAUCGGUUCAAACAGGGUUUUCGCAAAGCCAUCUUGAGAACCUCCCGCCGAGUGCAAAACCAAGAAGUAGUCAUGGCAACAACAGCAGAUAAUAUGGAAGAAGAGGAAGAGGGGGAGGAAGAAGAAGAAAUGUUAGCUAAAGUAAAGGAGAAUAGCAAGAUUACCCAAAAUGGUAAUGGAGGACAGCAAGAGAGUGAAUCUGCCAGCGAGCCAGGAAGAGGCAGUGAACACAAGCCAAACACUGAGGAGCCCAUAAGUUGUGAGAAGCCCAACAUAGUUAACAUCAGCUGUUUAUAG